AUGGCUGGACAAGCUCCCGCAGUGAUUCCCAGUAGUGUUACUGGAGAAGUCUCUCGAUGGCAGAACCUAGGACCUGCCCAACCUGUACUGAAAGUGGCCCAACCCCAGCAUCUGGUUCCAGAUGUGCACCUUGAGAAAGCCCUAGAGGGACGCGACCUUCUGCAGAAGUUGGGUGGCUUUCACAUCGCCAUUGCUUUUGCACACCUGGCCUUUGGUGGUUACCUGGUCUCCACAGUCAAGGAUCUGCACUUGGUGGUAUUGAAGUGCUGGUAUCCAUUCUGGGGAGCUGUCUCUUUUCUCGUUGCAGGGUUCUUAGCCAUGGCUACAGUGACAUUUCCCAAGACCUCUCUGAAGAGUCUGUGUGUGCUGGCAAACGUCACCAGCUUGUUCUGCGCACUGGCCGGCUUCUUUGUCAUGGCCAAGGACCUCUUUCUGGGCAGUCCUUUUCCAUGGCCAAUCUGGAGACCAUACCCGAACCAUACAAUCUACAUCCAAAGACUAGAGAUGGCUCUGUUCUGUUUCGCCUUCCUGGAGAUCUUCCUGUCGGGGCCCACAGCCAUUACAGCCUGUAGGAUGGACCGCCUGUAUGCAGAGGACAAGGAUGACACCCCUCUCAUUCCUGACACACCUGUGGAACUUAAAGGUCUAUCACUGGGGCCACCACCAACCCAGGCUCUCCCUUUACUGGGACCCUCCGUCUCUGAUACUGGCAGAGCUAACUCGGAGCCUUCUCGGGCCACCAGCUCUGGGCAGCUGCUGGCCUCUGACUCCUUCCGUCAAGCUCUGCCUCACACAGGCCCAAGGGCCUUGAGAAUGUAG